GCAGCUGCUGCACGGCUUACAAACAUCACCAACACCACAUCACAGCAGGCAUUCCAGGCGCAACCGCGGCAGUACGCACAGCUUCACAACGACACGCUUCUCGAGCCCAGCAGAGACCGGUGCAUGCCCAAGUAAUCAGCACCUGCAUACUGUUGACAAGAAUCGAAUCCUCCACGAUGACUGUCGAAAUCGGCUCGACUGGCGAAUUUGAUCGCACCCUCAGUGGUAAUGCUGUUGUUGUUGCAGACUUCCACGCCACUUGGUGCGGCCCAUGCAAGAUGAUCGCGCCGACCUUCGAAUCGCUCUCAACCAAGUACGCCAAGCCCGGCAAGAUCGCCUUCUGCAAGAUCGACGUCGACAGCCAGCGCGAUAUUGCCUCUCGAUACAGCGUCCGAUCCAUGCCUACCUUUAUCAUCUUCCGCAGCGGGUCCGAAUUCAAGCGCAUCGCCGGCGCCGACCCGGGCAAGCUUACCAGCGAGGUCAGCGAGGCCGCCAAGCUGGCUGGUGCGGUCUCUGCGCCGUCAUUCACGACACCUGGCAGGACGCUUGGUGGCUCAUCCGGCCAGAAGCUAGGGUCUGGCGGUGGUCGUGCUGGUCGUGGCUGGUCCAUUCCGAGCCCGACCAAGUUCUUGAAUGCCUUGAUCACCUUCUUCGGCUUGUAUUUCGUAUCACUGAUGUCGUUUGAUCCCUACAAAGCCGCGGAGAACUCGAAUUUCAAUGUCAACAGACCGAAUGCGCCGCCUUCCGCUGUGCGAGGUAACGGCCAGAAGGUCGGCGGGCCAGGAGCAGCUCGCCCUUCAGGUGGCGUUCGCACCCUGAAGGACCUGGGAGGCAGCUGAAUGUCAGACUAUCGUCAUUGGGCCUUCCUUUUGCACGUACGGCGUUUAAAGCGAUUCUUGACUAGUUAAAUGGACUUGGGUCCUGUUGACCCACCUCUCUGGGUGUCCUCGUGUAUUCCCAUUGGGGAAAGCCAAAGGGUCUGCAUCAUUCUCAACCAAAAUGACUUAUACACUCAUUCAGUUUCAAUCAUGAAGCGACAGAUGAAGGCUGUAAAAUGGGCGUCUAGUAGGAUGUGG